AUGAAUAUAUGCCAGCAUCCUGGUCAUAAAAAAAUAACAGAUCGGUCGCUACAUUCACUUUGGGAUAAGGGAUUUUUCGUGAAAAAGACGUACCUGCCUAACUCCCCACCACCUUCUGAUGAUGGUUCCUGCAGUUCCGAUCUUGGUUAUGAAGAAGGUAUAGUUGGCGAUUGCUAUACUUAUGAAAGUCCCGAUCAUAUCCCAUCUACCUGUACCGAUGGACUUGCGGUUUACACCACCGAGCAUUCAAAUUACCCGAUUUUUAGCUUACACCCUGCCGCGUACCUCGAAGGAAGCGCUGGCAAUGGAAUAAUCGUUUAA